GGAGCGGAGCGCUGAGACCAAGGGCUAAAGCUGGGAGGUGAGUCAGUCACCUUGAGCAGCGAGAGUGCGGUGGGCCGAGCAGGGGCUGCAGGGGAGUGGGAGUGCAGAUUGAAAAAUGCAGACCACCAAGGCACUGCUCGUUACUCCAGUUCUGAUCCGCUCCUGUACCAGGGGUCUAAUCAGGCCUGUGUCUGCCUCCCUCUUUAGUAGACCAGAGGCCCUGUCUAAACAGCCUUCCUGCAGCAGCUCCCCUCUCCAGGUGGCCACACGGGAAUUCCAAACCAGUGUUGUUUCCCGGGACAUUGACACAGCUGCCAAGUUUAUUGGUGCUGGGGCUGCCACAGUUGGCGUGGCUGGAUCAGGGGCUGGCAUUGGAACAGUGUUUGGUAGCUUGAUUAUCGGCUAUGCCAGGAACCCGUCUCUCAAGCAACAGCUCUUCUCCUAUGCCAUUCUGGGCUUUGCCCUGUCUGAAGCCAUGGGGCUCUUCUGUCUGAUGGUCGCCUUCCUCAUUCUCUUCGCCAUGUGAGGCUCCGUGGGGUCAGCCAGCCAUCCCUGCUGCUUCGACUCCAUGCCAGUCCUGGUGCUGGAGUGUGCUAAGCUUUACCAUUAAACAAUGUUUCUCUAAACCA